UAAUGUGUUUCAAAGGGAUUAUUUUCAUUUCACUAUAAAGUACAAUUUUGAAAUAGUAUGAACAAAAGAAUCGGAACGCUUGCUGGAAAUUAAUAAAACGGAUCUGAAACUUAUGCCAAGACAGGACAAAGAAUAAAAAUCGCGAGUUCGCCAAAUGUAGCACGCUUCUUUCAUGUCUUCAGAGUACUUUUGCUAACAGUCGCCUAGUGAUCCCGGGAUGAGGGGAAGUAGUUUUGGAUGGUGGAGAGAGUGCGAGAUAAAAUGUAGUUGUUCUAAAUUUAGUUUCUAUUAUAUGUGAUGUGACACUAAAUUAUUCGAAAGAUGAUUAAAACUAUUAACCAAGAAAUAUACCAACUUUUGCCACUCUCUAAAUUGAUUAAAUAGUUUAGAGUGAUCUGUAAUUUCUCCUCUUUAUAGAUGCUAUCUACUUGCUUCGGACUGUUGAGUGUUUUAUACUUUCUUGGUUAAGUUGAGUUCGACCGCUAUUUCUAGUAUCGAAAGAGCUGGAAUUGAUUAGUUCAAAUCCUCUAUUAUACUGAAAAUUAGAGGAAUACGACUAUCGAUGCAAAAUGGAUUUACAAACAAUAUCGUCUCAAAUGAAAGUGGUGAUUCAGAAACAUCAGAUUGUUGUCACAGAAAUGCGUAAUGAUCCUCAGAACCCGGUGCUUCAAAAGAGACUACAUGACCUUCAACUUGAAAUACAUAGUUUAAACGAAAGACAGAAACUAGUUAUUGAAGGCAUCCGAAAAAAUUUUGGAAAAAAGACUAACUGUUCCAGUCCCUGCUCCAUCAACUCUACUGAUUUCUCCCCAUCUGCAAUCUCCCCUUGCUCUCAACCAGCCAAUCAAGAAGUCAGAAUGGUAUGCUGUGCACAAAAAUGCCCCAUGGCUAAUCACAAGAUACCAACAACAACUGUAGUGACAAAACCCAUCGCCAGCUACAUGAACCCAGUCCGCCAAGCAGUGCCUCCGCCACUCACUAACCUGGCGACAACCUUCACCUUUAAGGCGCCGGUAGGCACCGUCGUCCUGCCGAACUGUUCGGUACCCCCAGAUGGCGCCACUGAGCAGCACCCGAAGGUGCACCCAGUGCUAGUGGUGCCCUCUCCGUCCAACCGCGGCACUGAUGGCACACAGACUGGGGUCCUACUCAACUUGGUGCCACCAAUACGAGUGCCUCAGUAUCCUCCACCCCAGUCGCCUCGCACACCUGCGCCAUUACUCACUUGCCAGAAGCCACAGAUUAUUAAUAAUUGUAUACCUGCCCUUAUGUGUAGUCAACCCAUCACAACUGUUCCAAGUUUGAACACUAACGGAGAUCCAAGUUCUGGAACAGCUUCAAGUUCACCAGAAAAUUUCUGGGAACGAUGCCCUCCAGCACCUGUUUCUGUUCCAGAAAAAAUAAACCACAAAAUUGAUCAAAAAAAAAAAGAUUUCAUCACUGCCUUAGGCCUGGUCACACGGGACUCUCUUCUAGACAUAAAGAAUAAAAAAAUGGAGCGCAAAAGAAGAUCUACUGCUAAUCCACAAUUUUCAAAUGCUGCUUUAGAAGAAAGGUUACGAAACGCAGCUGCGGCUCAGGCUUCUGCUCCAACACAAAAAAGGCCAAGAGGUAGACCCCGCCUAGAUACAAAGCCGGUUGUUGUCUGUCCUACCAAUGGCAUUUGUGCACUAUCAGAAAACUUCAAGACUACAGAAACGCCCUCGCCUCCUGAAAAUGCUACCUCAGCCAAUUCCAUCGUAUCAUCCAGCUCAUCUCCUUUCAGUGAUUCACAAUCUGUUGUUAAUGGAAUACAUAGACAGACUUCUAAUUUUGAAGAAGGAAAGAAUGUGGAACAGAUGCUGUCAGGUUUAUGCAUUGUAUGUACGCAACCGGGUGACCUAGUGAAAUGUGAUACAUGUGCAAAACAGCAGCAUUUAAGCUGCAUGCAGCCUCCAUUGGUGAGCAGGCCGCAGUGUCCCUGGCAAUGUUCAGAUUGCCAAUCACGUACCGUCUCUCUCACUGUGGUUCAGAGUUAUGAUAUGCUUAAAGCAACUAAAAGUGAUGAAAAAAGAAAAUUAUUAAAGAAAAGUUUAGAGCUGCGAUUGAAGCGUUCUCAACUAGAAAGCAGAUUAGUUCAACUAAGGGAACUAUCGGAUAAGCAGAAAAGUAGACAAUCAGACCUUCAGACCUCUCUGAGGGGAAUCGAAGAACACCUAGAACGUGUCCACAGUGUGAUUAAUAGCGUGAGACUGUGCUCUUGA